AUGGGGCACGUUGAAGGCGACUAUCGUAUCGCGCGGGAGAAAAAUGAGACUAGCGAUGGUGACUAUACCGCGCGGGAGAAGCAUCUUGACGCGUACACAGCGGACGACGACGAGGCGACUGUGCGACGUCGCCUGGCGGCCGAGGGGAUGGAGAUGCGCGACCUGGUGCCACGUGGACGAAUGAGCGCGUGGCACGCGGCCAUCGUGUUCGUUUAUCACAUGCUGCCGUACACGCCCCUCCCCUGCACGCUCGCCACGCUGGCCUGCUUCUACGGGUACAGGGCGUACGGCUGGCAGGGCGCAGUGGCGGUGGUGGUGCUGCUGCUCUUCCUCCGCCUCAUUCCCCUCUAUUACAACUCCGCCUGGCGCAAGAAACUCACUUUCCUAUACAAGGCAAUGGCGCACUACAUGACACGCGUGCGUGUCAUCGUGCCAGCUCAGCAGGUGCCACGUGGCGGGUACCUGUUCACGGCGCACCCCCACGGGCGCAUGUUCUACAGCAGCAGCAUGCUCACGCAAACCGCCCACCUCUGGAAAGACACAUUCUGCCCGCACGGUAGGUCUGCAGGCGAGCUGUUCGGAGCAGCCAACAGCACCUUCUUUGAGGUGCCGGUGAUUCGCUCCAUGCUCUAUAUGGCUGGCGCCAUCCCUGCCAGCCGCGGCAGCAUCAUUGCCAAGCUCAGGCAUGGCGACCAUGUGGGCAUAGUGGUGGGCGGCAUCAGGGAGGUGUGUCUGGGCACCAACCCUCACACAGACGUGCUCUACCUCAUGCGGAGGCGUGGGUUUGCACGCAUAGCAGUGGAGGAGAAGGUGGGGGUGGUUCCAAUGUACUGCUUCAAUGAGACCCAGUUGUUCAAGCACGAUCCACUCUGGCUGCUCCAGUUCUGGGCUGUGGUGAAUCGCUAUUGGCGUAUCGGCGUCCCGUUUAUGAGGGGGGUAUGGCACAUGCCAAUGCCCUUCCGCAGAAUCAUCGCAGCUGUUAGCGGGGACAUCGAGAUUUCCGUGCGCACCCCUUCGAUCUCCUCUUCUCACACACGCCUAUCUUCUCCCUCUCUUUCUGCUAGACCAGCGAUUUGCUGGCACAGUUUGCUCUCCGAUAACCCCGACGGCUGGGGACCCACCACUCUCCCCGAGCAGUUUAAAGACGUCCCGUACGCGCCGUUCAAUAAGGGCGACCGCGUCGGCCGCGCAGCGGACUGGACCUCCCAAGGAUACCGUCGCUACGAUCGUGAUCGCCAGGGCGGGGCGGGCGGGGUGAAUGCCGCCUUCUCCUUCUUCCAGGACCAGGAUGAGGACUCGUUUCAACUGGUGGACACCAAGCCUGUGCAGAAGCCUCGCUACGGGCCCCGCCGCUUCUUCCAGAAUCGGUUCCAGAACCGGCGCGGGGAGGAGGGGAAGCGCGACGGGCGCGACAGCGGCGCGGGCGCGGACAGGGAGCGGCAGCGGCAGCAGCGCAUGCAGCAGCAGAAGCGCGGGCAGUGGAACCCGUACUACGACCGCAACGCGCAGCGCGCGACGUACAACAGCUCCGUCGACAUCCGGCCCGAGUGGGUGGUGCUCGAACAGAUCCCGCUCUCCGCUCUCUCCAAGCUCUCCUUCAACGCAGGGGAGCCCCAGGACGUUACGACGUGCGGCGCGCUCGAGUAUUACGACAAGACGUUUGACCGAGUCAACCCCAAGUCGGAGCGGCCGUUGGAGAGGUGUGAAACGCGCCAGUUCCACAAGGUGACGACGAGUGACGACCCCGUGGUGAAGCGGCUGGCGGCGGAGGGCGGAGACGCGCCCGCGGUCUUUGCCACGGACGCCAUCCUCUCCACGCUCAUGUGCGCGCCUCGCUCCGUGUACUCGUGGGACGUGGUCGUGCAUAAGAGCGGGGGGAAGCUGUUCUUCGACCAGCGGGACUCCUCGUUUGAUCUGCUCACGGUGAACGAGACAGCAACGGGCAUAGAGCCGGCGGCAGAGGACAGCAUCAACGGCAUCGCGUCGCUGAGCCAGGAGGCGACGUUCAUCAACCAGAACUUCUCGCAGCAGAUCGUCAACAAGAAGGGAGCCAAGCGCCAGUUCGCGGAGGCGAAUCCGUUUGCAGCGGAGGGCGAGGAGGUGGCGUCCGUGGCGUACCGCUACCGCAAGUGGAUGCUGGACGGGGACAUGCCUCUGGUGGUGCGGUGCGAGUUAGACGCAGUGGUGGACAUGCGGGGGCAGGAGAUGCUGGCGACGGUGAAUGCGCUCAACGAGUUUGAUCCCAAGGUCACGGGCGUGGACUGGCGAGCCAAGAUCGACAACCAGCGCGGCGCGGUCCUGGCAACGGAGCUGAAGAACAACAGCAACAAGCUCGCCAAGUGGACGGUGCAAGCGCUGCUCGCAGGGGCCGAUCUGAUGAAGCUAGGGUACGUGUCGCGAGUGUUCCCCAAGAACAACCUCAAGCACACCAUCCUCGCAGUGCAGGCGUACAAGCCGCGUGAGCUGGCGAUGCAGAUCACGCUCUCGUCCACCAACAUGUGGGGCAUCGUCAAACACAUAGUGGACAUGUGUAUGAAGCUCGAGGACGGCAAAUACCUCAUCGUCAAGGACCCCAACAAGCCCUUCCUCAGGCUGUACGAGGUGCCAUCAGACGCGUUUGACAAUGACUAUGUGGAGGAGCCCCUUGCCGAGGAGGACCAGGCCCCACCGCCCGCAGAAGCGGCUGAUGGCGACGCAGAGGCAGCAGCAGCAACUGACUCCAAUGCUGCUGCGUGA